GGCAUGUGCUGAAGUGCCCCGCGGAAGCCACACAAGUUGCCUGUGCGGCGCGGCCCGGCGGCCGGACGGCGGGGAGCGCCCGCCGCCUCUCGCCUGACCCGAGCCGACCUCGUCCCGUUCCCCUCCCCGAGGGCUGCUCCCCCGCGGGGCUCCCGGCGGCCAGGGUGAUGCGGCUCGUCGGGAAGUGAGAGACCGUGCGUCCCACGCGGGCCGAGGGCCCCCUGCCUCGGAGUCUCCCAUGCUUUCGGGGCCCCCCCGGGUGGCGGCGGCCCCGCGGGAGGCGGGGGCGGCGCUGCCGUGAUGGCCCUGGAGGAGAAGCGGGAGAAGCGCCCGCCCGUCACCCCCAUGAUGAUCGAGGAGGAGGCCGCCUUGCGGAACGGCAGCCGGGGACUGCCGCCGGGACCCUGGACCGAGGCGGCGGGGCCAAGACCCCGCACCACGGAGCGGCACAUCGCCGUGCACAAGCGCCUGGUGCUGGUCUUCGCCGUCUCCAUCCUAGCGCUGCUGGCGGUGACCAUGAUCGCCGUGCUGCUCAGCGUCCGCUUCGAGGAGUGCGGCGCCGCCGCCGACGGUCCGCCGCGGGCCGGCGGCAACGGGAGCUUCUCGGGGGCAGCCCGGCAGCAGCCCGGUGCGGGGCAGCCCCCCGGCCGGCCGGAGGAGGAGGCGCGGGGCGGGGAAGCGGCGGAGGAAGAGGAGGAGGAGGAGGAGGACGAGGAGGAGUGGCAGCGGCGGCGGGAGCUGCCGCCCUGGGCCCGGCCGCGGCUUCCGCGGCACCUGCGGCCGCUGCACUACAACCUGAUGCUGAGCGUCUUCAUGGAGAACUUCACCUUCAGCGGGGAGGUGAACGUGCAGCUGGAGGUGCGUAACGCCAGCCGCUACAUCGUGCUGCACGCACACCGCAUGCACAUCGAGGCGGUCCGCGUGGCCGAGGACAAGCUGGCCGGCGGUGUGCGGGUGGCCCGCACCUUCUUCUAUCCCCAGACCCAGGUGUUCGUCGUGGUCCUCAACCGCAGCCUGGAGGUGCAGAGAAGUUACAACCUUAAGAUCAUCUACAACGCCCUCAUCGAGAACGAGCUGUUGGGCUUCUUCCGCAGCUCCUACGUCCUCCACGGCGAGCGAAGGUUUCUUGGUGUUACGCAGUUUUCUCCUACUCAUGCCAGAAAAGCCUUUCCUUGCUUUGACGAACCCAUCUACAAGGCCACAUUCAAAAUCAGCAUCAGACAUCAAGCAACUUAUUUAUCUUUGUCUAACAUGCCAGUUGAAACUUCUGUUUUUGAAGAAGAUGGAUGGGUUACAGAUCACUUUUCACAGACCCCUCUCAUGUCCACCUAUUACCUGGCAUGGGCAGUGUGCAAUUUUACAUACCGGGAAACUGUCACAAAGAGUGGAGUAGUUGUACGGUUAUAUGCAAGGCCUGAUGCAAUCCGAAGAGGAUCAGGGGACUAUGCUCUAAAUAUUACAAGGAGACUCAUUGAGUUUUAUGAAGAUUAUUUUAAAGUGCCCUAUUCCCUGCCAAAAUUAGAUCUGUUGGCUGUGCCUAAGCAUCCAUAUGCUGCUAUGGAAAACUGGGGACUGAGUGUUUUUGUGGAGCAAAGGAUACUGCUAGAUCCAAGCAUUUCUUCUAUUUUAUACCUACUGGAUGUCACCAUGGUCAUUGUACAUGAGCUAUGUCAUCAGUGGUUUGGUGACCUUGUGACUCCAGUUUGGUGGGAGGAUGUGUGGUUGAAAGAAGGUUUUGCUCACUAUUUUGAAUUUGUUGGCACAGACUACCUCUAUCCAGGGUGGAACAUGGAAAAGCAGAGAUUUCUGACAGAUGUGCUACAUGAAGUGAUGUUGCUGGAUGGGUUGGCCAGUUCACAUCCAGUAUCCCAGGAAGUGCAGCAAGCCUCAGACAUCGACAGGGUGUUUGACUGGAUUGCCUAUAAAAAGGGUGCAGCUCUGAUUCGAAUGCUGGCUAACUUUAUGGGUCACUCUGUGUUUCAAAUGGGCUUACAAGACUAUUUAACCAUUCACAAGUUUGGCAAUGCAGCCAGAAAUGAUCUCUGGAACACACUGUCAAAGGCUUUAAAAAGGGUUGGAAAAUCUGUAAAUAUCCAAGAGGUAAUGGAUCAGUGGACACUACAGAUGGGUUAUCCUGUUAUCACUAUCUUGGGAAAUGAAACUACAGACAACAUCAUAGUCAUCUCCCAAGAGCGUUUUGUUUACGAUAGUGAUACUAAACCCAAGGAUCCUGCCCGUGGGGACAACAGCUACUUGUGGCAGAUUCCAUUAACAAUUGCAGUAGGAAAUACGAGCCACAUCUCAUCAGAGGCAAUUAUAUGGGUGUCUAACAAAUCAGAGCACCACAGAAUUCCUGCUUUGGAAGAGGCAAGUUGGUUGCUGGGGAACAUCAAUCAGACUGGCUACUUUAGAGUUAAUUAUGAUAUUAGAAAUUGGAGGCUGCUGAUUAAUCAGCUAACAAGGAACCAUGAGGUGAUCUCUGUCAGUAACCGAGCAGGCUUGAUUGAUGAUGCGUUCAAUCUAGCCAGAGCUGGUUAUUUGCCUCAGAAUAUUCCUUUGGAGAUUAUGAGGUACCUUUCAGAGGAAAAAGAUUUCCUGCCUUGGCAUGCUGCCAGCCGAGCUCUUUAUCCUCUAGAUAAAUUGCUGGACCGUACAGAAAACUACAACAUCUUCAAUGAGUAUAUUUUAAGACAAGUGGCAUCAAUGUAUCUGAAGCUUGGAUGGCCAACAAACAAUUUAAACAAAUCACUUGUUCAAGCAUCGUACCAACAUGAGGAGCUGCGUCGGGAAGUCAUCAUGCUGGCCUGCAGCUUUGGGAACAAGCACUGUCACCAGCAGGCUGCAACGUUAAUCUCUGACUGGAUUUCUAGCAAUAGGAACAGAAUCCCUCUCAAUGUGAGAGACAUUGUCUACUGUACAGGAGUUUCACUGAUGGAUGAAGAUGUAUGGGAAUUCAUUUGGAUGAAAUUUCAUUCUACCACAGCAGUCUCUGAGAAGAAAAUACUAUUAGAAGCCUUAACUUGCAGUGAUGACAGAAACUUGCUCAACAGACUUUUGAAUUUGUCUCUCAACUCAGAAGUUGUCCUGGAUCAGGAUGCAAUUGAUGUGAUAAUCCACGUAGCUCGAAAUCCACAUGGAAGGGAUCUUGCUUGGAAGUUUUUCAGAGAAAAAUGGAAAAUAUUAAAUGCUAGGUAUGGAGAAGCAUUAUUUAUGAAUUCAAAGCUUGUCAGUGGGGUCACAGAAUUCCUCAAUACUGAAGGAGAACUAAGAGAGCUAAAGAACUUUAUAAAGAGUUACGAAGGGGGAGCUGCUGUCUCUUUCUCUCGUGCUGUGGAAACAGUGGAAGCCAAUGUGCGGUGGCAAAGGCUUUAUAAGGAAGAACUGUUCCAGUGGCUAAGAAAAUCCUUGACACAGUAAACUCUCUUUUUAGCCAAUCAUUUAACAUGACUCACUGCAAGAGGAAGAUGAAACAUUUUAAAAGAAAAUCAUGAAGACAAGAUCAGAUUGCAGGGAUAAGGUUUUUUGUUUUAUUUUUUUUUUUCAUUGUAGAUUUUUCUUUUUACACUGAACUCUUGUGAAAUUGUCAAGAAGAUUUUCAGAACAGAAGAUCAUGAAUGCUUGUGAAACCCAGUCCUCAAUGUACACAACCGAACAUGAUAUUAAGUGGUGCAUGUAAUUGUAGGAAAAAAACCAAACAAAAAAUCCUUCAAAGACUAUUUUGUGCAUGCUUGUACUGUCUCUGCCUGUAUUUUAGCAUGCUUAUGUAUAACAGCCACAUUUUGUAUGUGAGUUCUGGUUACAUCAAAGUUGGGCAUUAUACAAAGCACAAAGACUCUACGACAAUCACGAUUUCAAUGAACAAAAGGAAAGCAAGGAAAAGGAAAUGCAGAAGGCUUCCAGCUUGAGGCGAUAUGAGAUGUAAAAUUAACUUUCCCGCUUGCUGCCAGUUUGUCUACCACUCAGAUUGUCUCUAAAUGAUUACAAAGAUGCCAGCUCAUUUUUUGAGUUUGAGUUGUAUCUGCAGUCUUUCUAUUCCUAUAUUUAAAUAAGCAGAAUAUGAGAGGAGAAAGAGAAAAGGGCCAGGAGCGGGGUUAGCGAGGGAAAAUGAGAAGGACACAUCAUCAUUGCAUUAUAAUCAUAUACAUUUGUUCACUGCUGAUAAGUGAAACAGUGUAGUUUCAACUGUGAACGUGUGCUGGGGCAGGAGCUUUGCGUUAAUAUCACAGAAUCCAUGAACCACGUCUUCUCAGCUACUUUGCAAGGCACUGAUACUCACAACAGAUCACCCAGGUCACCUAGCCUGUGCAGUAGUAAGUUUUGUGCUCACAGUGCACAAGUAUUAUAAAUAAACAUAAGAUUCAAAUGAAAAUUAGAAAAAAGGGAGAAUAUCUUGCAUGCAAAGACUUAAAAUUACCCAAGAGGGCUGUCUUGCAUGUGGUAGACCAGUCUCUGUAGUGAUUUAUUAUGAUAGACAGGUCAGAUUCUCUAUAUGGGCAAUACUUUUGCAAAUAUGGAAUGUACUAUUUAUGCCAUCAUUGAAAAGUGAAAUAUGGAGAAAGUGAGGGGGUCUACAUGUGUUUAUUUGUACUGACUGUUACUGAGAAUAUGGUUUUCUUUCUGUUCCUUUGUACCUCACAUAGACUAUUGUUCAUGAAUGACAUUUUUCUUAAUCAUGUUGUUUCUUCUCAAUCCUCAUUCUGAAAGAUCAGUGAUACAGUAGAAUUGUACAAUGACUAUCUGCACUCUGGAGCUAAAUGCUGAGGAUAAAACUGGUGGGUGCCAAAUACUUUCUCUUGUGUCUGUAAUGUAGAGGAAAGAGCCACAAGAAUACAGUUUUCAGGAGUCAGAUUGCAGCGGCUUCAGAGGUGGAAUGUAGAUGUGGGGCAGUGUUUCUUUAUCCCAUCCCAACCUGUCCCAGCCAUCUGCCCACAUCUUGGCCAUGUACACUGGUAACAUGUGGCCCACCAAAGCAGAGAGCAGCCAUUCUGUCUGCUUGUUGCCCUCACAAGGCAUGGAAGUUACCAUGCUUUACCCAUGCAGUUGCUUUCCCCAGUAAGUUGUGAAUUGAAACAUCAGUGUGAAAAGAACCAAACCCAGACAUUUCAGAUAUUUUCAGAGUUGUGUGGAGACAGUAUUGUUUUCUGGGCUCUCAUUCCCAAGGUAUUCUGCUCCUCAGACCCAUCCCAUAACUGAGCUGUUGCACCUGUCAUUGUGUGCCCUUUACUUUCGGAGGGUGUUGUUUGUGGGUUGGGUGCAUGAAAUCCUUGUGUGGGCAUUUGUUCAGCUGCUCAGUGCUGUGUAGCACAUUAGCUUGACUCACAUAACCAAAAGAAGAGGGAAUCCUGUCCUCUUGUACUGUUAACUCUUUGCCUUAUAAUAGUAAGCCCCAAACCUUUGUGCUAUGUUGCAGUGCUAGUGAACCUGCUGCCCGGAGACAUUAUCAUGUUGAAGCUGAGUGAAAUCCUCCUCCUCCUUUGUAUUUUACCUACCUCACAGGGGUGUUGUGAGGCUUGACUAAUGUUAGCAAAGCACUUGAAUAUCUUCUUAUGAAAGGCAUUUAAAAGUGAAAAGUAUUAUUUUAUGCGGUUGACCAAACUCAACCUCAAUGCCAGUAUGUAGCAUCACAUUUUUAAUUUCUACUGAGAAAAUUCACAUGCAGACUUCUUUUUAUAAUAAAAAAGCAAGCCAAAUACUAUUUAAUAUAACCUCUACCCUGUAAUGAAGGCCAAAAUUGUGAUAUUCAAAGAGUGUGCAGAAAGCCAAGCUCUCAAAUAUGACCUGCUUGGAGGAUUUCAGAGAACAGAAGAGUGUGAAAUGGUCUGUCCCUUUACAAUUUUAUUCAGUAUUGUUUUUGAUGACUUUUCUUUUCCAGAACCACAGAUUAAACCACAUACCUUGCAAGAUGCACAUAAAAGUUUCUGGUCUUCCCACUGAUAACAGUAUAUUCCAAAGUCAAAAGUUCAUUAUAGCCUGUGUGUUUUGCAUAGUGCACAGAAAUUUCCACUCUUGCUCAUUUGGAUUUAAGUUCUUGCACAUUAAGCUGGUGUUGGAUGUAAAUUGAUAUUUUAGUGGCCUUGAGUAACUGGUCUACCACAGAUAUCAAGUCUCCAGUGUAUAUAUUAUACAUACCUAUUGAUGUGUUGCUUAUAAUUGUUGUAUUCUAAUAAUAUUAGUAUUAUUGCUCUAAGGUUGAACUGGCCUUUCCAUUAUAAUGCUCUGCUAUUUUAUUUUUUAUGGUUUGUAUUUUGCUGUUUCACACUGAAUCAGGAUUAAAUCUAAAUUGAUUAAAUCUAAAAAACACUGUUUUCUGCAAUAUUCAAACAUCCUGCAUUUUAUGUCUUUAGAAAACUUUUUUUUUUUUUUUUAGAAGUUUCACACAGAUAUGUGUUAAAGAAUAGUUAAUUCUUCAUGGAAAGUUCUAAUAGAAU